AUGGUUAAAAUUCUCAGUUUUAUUUUGCUUAGUGGGCUGGUGCUCAUCGGUGCCAUACAGUCUGAGGACAGAAGUGUCCUGGAAGAAUACCAGCGCCUGAGGAAGCUCAAACCGUUGGGUAUUGAGUUUGCCGAUUACUUUCAAAAUGUAACGCUAAAUGAUUUGAGCCUGUUUGACUCGCGAUUGCCCACACAGGCGGAUCUUCUGUGCUUAAAUGACUUAACUAAGCUUGUCUCGGCUCUUCAAGGUGGACAAUAUUGGGCAUUCAAAAUGAUUGACGCAUGGGGAGGCAUACCAUCUGGUAUUUUCACCGGUAACGUGUAUGACUUGGGAAAUUUCGACGAGUGCAUCAAUAUCAAGAAGGACAGCAUACGUGGAAAAUACUGCUUUUUAGACGUUUCACCCGCGAAAAUAUUGGGAGUUGAGAGUUCAUUAGCCGGAAUAUUGAAAAUUAAGACGGCUACAUGCUUUCCGGCUUCCUGUUCGGCCACUCACAUGAACAAGUUUGUGGAUACGAUUUUAAAAAGGAUACUGAAUGUGAGUAUACCCAGUACAGCCAUGAGUAUCAGCGAUGAUUCUUGCCAAACAGCUGAAAGCGAGCCCUGGAGUGGACUAACGAUUUUAACAAUAGUCAUACUGUCACUGAUGGGCGUAAUCGUGGCUAUAGCUACGUUGUACGAUUACUUUUUGGUCAAGAGUCAGGAUCAACUUCACACGGCUGUCAAGUUGUUUUCAGCCAGGGCCAACUCUUGUGCACUUUUCCGCAUUGUGGUAAAUCAAUCGAACCCGAAUGUAAUUGAAUGCCUUCACGGAAUUCGGUGCAUGUCCCUUUUCUGGGUGGUUUGGAUUCAUCAGUAUGAUAAUGUGUUUUCUGCGCCAAACAUUAAUCGAUUUAGAUUUCUUUCGUGGCUUCAAACGCCUUUCACAAUGUUUUUUCUGGAGGGAAAUUUUUCAGUCGAUUCAUUUUUCUUUAUCGGAGGUUUCUUGGUUUCAUUAAAUGCACUGGGAACAAUGGAAAAAAACAAUGGCAAAAUUAAUGUUCCAAGAAUGUAUAUACGCCGUUUCAUCCGCAUUUUUCCUAUUCUGGCUAUGUCUAUUCUGGUCUACACACAACUUACAGGUGUUUUGGGGGAUGGGCCACUUUUCAAGGGCGGAUAUAGUAAGAAAGCAUCAUGUGCAAAAACUUGGUACAUGACCUUGCUUUUCGUUGUUAACUUCGCAAAUGAUAUGUGCCUAGAUCAUACCUGGUAUUUGGCGGUGGACAUGCAGCUUUUCCUCAUAUCUCCUAUCCUGCUAUUUGCUCUUUAUAAAUGGGGCAAGAAGGCUGCUGCUGCUAUCGGCGUUCUAAUAGUUUUGCUAUCUGGAUGCCUGUUUGCCACCAUGAUGGUCAACCACUAUUCUAUAAAGAGUCUUGACUUUUCCUUGCAAAAGAAAACGUAUUUCUACACCCAUACUCACGCUGCUCCGUGGCUCAUUGGAUUCUUGUAUGGCUACUUUGUGUUCUUGAAUAAGGGAAGAAAGUUUAAAAUGAACUGGAUAGCGGUCUGGUCGGGAUGGAUUCUUUGCCUGGCUAUGCUCUUUACCUCGAUCUUCGCACUCUAUCCGAAACUUGAGUCGGGAAAGCCUUGGCUAAUGACCACCCUCGAAGUGUCAUCUUAUUACACCCUUACCCGUGUGGGCUGGCCCAUGGCAGUUGGUUGGGUGGUCUUUGCCUGUAUGCAAGGAUACGGCGGGAUGGCCAAUACUUUUCUCUCCUCUCCGCUGUGGCAACCUAUUUCCAAAUUAUCAUAUUCCAUCUAUAUAUGGCACAGUUUCAUCCAGGAAAUAAACAAACGAAUUGUUAGAACAAAUACGUACUUUUCGAAUUAUCAAGUGAUGCUUAAUUUCUGGUCAACCAUGGGAUUCACUGUGCUUUUUUCCUAUCUCCUGUACUUGCUAAUUGAGGCGCCUAUUGGUGGACUUGACCGCCUUUUACGCCCAAAAAAGAAAGCACCAGCAGAGAAUAAGCCGAUGACGAACUCAGACCGAGUGGGCGAAGGCCAUGGACAUGAUGUUGACUUAAGCAACCAAAGAGAACUGGAAGGUAAUGACUCAAGUGCUGACCAACUCGCUGAAAAGUCUCAAUAA